AUGUCAUCCAACACGACUUCAUGGUUGACGCGGCUUGCCGAGGAGAGUGGCUUCACCUCCAUUCUUGGGUCCUGUCGCGACACCAAGGUGCUCUGCCUUCAGCGUUUCGUCCGGCUCUUCGCCUACGGGGCGUCUUUCCUCAUUCUCGUUCACUUCCUCUCCAGUCUCGGGUUCUCCGAUGAGCGAAUCGGCCUGUUCAUGACGCUUACGCUUCUCGGGGAUGUCGUCAUCAGCUUCUUGCUGACUGCAAUCACCGACCAGGUCGGCCGGAGAAAGAUCCUCGCAGCGGGCGCCAUCUUGAUGGUCAUGAGCGGCCUGGUCUUCUCGUGGUCUGGCAACUACUGGGUUCUCGUCGCCGCCAGUAUCGUCGGUGUCAUCAGUCCAAGCGGCAAUGAGAUCGGUCCGUUCCGCGCCGUGGAGGAGUCGAUCCUCGCCCAGCUCACCGACCGAGAGAAGCGAAGCGACAUCUUUGCCUGGUACACACUGUUCGGCACCGCGGGCGCAGCUCUGGGUACACUUACCUGUGGCUGGGUUGUCCAGGCUCUCGAGAACGCCAAAUCUUGGACUCAGCACGAAUCAUAUAGAGUCGUUUUCCUCAUCUAUGCGGGGCUCGGGCUCUUGAAGUUGAUGCUCAUCUUCAGCCUCACUUCUGGCGUUGAAGUAGCGGACAGUUCAGUUGUCCGGACAAGUGGAGAAAGACAACAGCUCCUCGCCGACGACUCAGACGGCCAACAAGAGAACCGCCCUCGAAGCUCAACGGACGAAAGACGGCCAACGCCGACACUCCUCGAGCGGUUACGGGCCUUGGUGCCCUACAUAUCUCCGUUAUCCCGCUCCAUCUUGUUUCGACUGCUCCUUUUGUUCUGCAUCGAUUCUUUUGCCUCCGGCAUGGCGUCCCCGUCGUGGCUCACCUAUUUCUUCACCACGGUACACUCGCUCCAACCCGGAUCGCUGGGCACGCUUUUCCUGGUGACGAAUCUCCUCGCCACCAUCUCGAACCUCGCCGCACUUCCUCUCGCACGCCGUCUCGGGCCGCUCAAGACCAUGGUCUUCACUCAUUUGCCUUCGGCUGUCUUCCUGUCGAUGAUACCACUGCCCUCGCCAGGUCCUGUAGGAACUUGGGCUGCUAUGGGGUUUCUGUCCUUGAGAGCUUGCACGCAGAGUAUGGACCAAGCACCGAGACAAGCCUUCCUCGCCGCGGCAGUCCUUCCAAGCGAGAGAACGGCCGUUCUAGGCGUGGUGAACAUCAUCAAAACGCUCGCGCAAGCAGGCGGUAUUGGCUCUGCCGGUUUUCUCUCCGGGAAGCAUCUCUGGGUGGUGGUACUUUCGGGGGCGGGAGUUCUGAAGGCGUGUUAUGAUCUUUUGAUGCUCGGCAUGUUCCUGGGGCUCAAGGAUCGGGAAGCGAGCAGCGCAAAGUCCCGCUCACGAGAUGAGGAAGAAUCUUGA